AUGGCGGAUUUGGAGCCGAUGGAGGCGCCGCUCUCCAACGGCGCGGCGGUGCCGCCGGAAACCGAAACCCUAGCCCCUCCGCCGCCGGCGGGGUCGGGGGGUAAGCGGCAGCGCCGGCCCAGUGUCAGGCUGGGGGAAAUCGGUGGGCAGCCGGCGGCCACCCCCCAGGAUCCCUUUGCGCGUCGCAGCAAGCAGUGGAGGGCUCCCUCCCAUUCCCAGAGGACAUGGCCGGCGGCUCCGGCCGGCGGCGGCGGCGGGGGAGGGGAGAUGGGGAGGAUUCCCUCCAGGACGCGGCCCCUGACAAAUCUCAUCUCGGAGGACUUCCACGUCGCGUCGGACCUGCCAGCGGUCUCCGGCGAGGAAAAUCGGGAAUCGGCGCCGGCAGUUCUGAGGGGCGGCGGCGGCGGCGGCGGCAAGGAGGGGAGAUCGAAGAAGGGCAGCGGCGUGUCGUCCCGCCGCCACCGGGCGAAUUGGAUGCCGGAGAUGGACGACGGCCAGGACCCCGCGGCGGCGAAGCCUGGCGGCGGGGACGCCGGCGAGGAAGGGUAUAGAGACUACGACGACCUCCAGCGGGAGGACUGGGAGAUCCCCACGAAAGACCACAGCAUCCUCCUCUCCGACAGAAGGCCAGCCAGGAGCAGGAUCUUGGAGAACCGGGAGGCGGGUCUCCCCUCCGCCAUUGAAGCACCAGACAUGGAGAUGACCUUGGAGACCGACGCUCGGGAAUGGCACAGGGCGCAGAUCAGUAGUCCAGCUGAAGAUGGAGGCGUCAGGGUUUGGCUAAACGGCUUGGGCUUGGGCCGCUAUGGCCCCGUGUUCGAGAUUCACGAGGUGGACGACGAAGUGCUGCCUCUCCUGACUCUCGACGACCUCAAGGACAUGGGGAUCAACGCCGUGGGCUCGAGGAGAAAAAUGUACUGUGCCAUCCAGAAACUCAGACGAAACUUGUCCUGA